AUGAAUAACAAUACUGAGUCUUCAUCAAAUAGUAUCAAAUUUGCGCCAAUGCCUAUGUCGGCAUUACUGGCCAAUUUGAUGCCAUUACAGACUCAAUCCAAUACUCCAGAUUCAAGUUUUACUACUGACGACAGCGAUGAUUCAAUUAGUGAAUCCGUUGCUCCCAAGAAAUGUCAACUUACAAUCAAAUCUUCCACUCCUCAAGUUUUGGCGAACAAAGAAAAUAACUUCCGAGCCUUUGCAUCCGAAAGAAAAAUAACAAAAAAUGACGAAAAUAAAGAAUGUUAUUCCCAAAACAAAGUUAAGAAUCAGACAUUCUCGGGUAAAGAUUUUAAUCAAUUGCAAGAGGAUCGAAAAAUUACGAAUAAAAACGUAUAUAAUGAAGCCGAGGCAAAAAAGCCCAUUGUUUUAAAGCCCCAGGAUACCAAUAUAAAGGUUCAAAAUAAUAAACCCAAUUCAGUUCAUAAAAAGACUCCUGUGAAAUCAAAAGUGUCUAAUACGUGUCAGAAAACAGCAACGCCAAAAAUCAAGACUGGUAUAAGGAAAUUCACGCCAGGCUCGGCGAAACAGAGUCAUAAGAAGACGCCGCAGCAGACGGUGAUUCAGAACAGAGAUAAAGUGAGGUGCGAGUUGUUCAGACAUAAUCAGCAAAAGCAAGACCCACUUCCACCUCCCAAGCCUUCGGCACCUCCAGUAGUGAUGGUACCAGUGCCGGAAACUCCUCUGAACAGAAAACCCAUGCCGGCUUCCUACGCAGCUACACCAUCAUAUCCACAGGGUGUGAUCGGAAAUAACUCCAAGAUACUGUUUAAGACUACAAGUAUAAAAGAUAAGAAAUAUAUGUACAUUAAGAAACUAGGUACCGGUGGGUCCAGUGAAGUAUAUAAGGUGUUAGAAGUAGGAACAUCCAGUGAAUAUGCUGUUAAAUGUGUCCAUCUGGCCAUAGACCAGGAGUUAGCUCAGGGCUACAUCAAUGAAGUGAGAUUGUUAAGAGAGCUGCAGAACUCGGACAGAGUCAUCAGGCUCUAUGACUAUGAGUACGACCGUCAGAACCAAUUCCUCCGUCUGGUGCUUGAGGUCGGUGAGACGGACCUGUCUUCGUUCCUCCGCGCGCGCGGCGCCGGUCUGCCGCCCGCGCUCGUGUUACACUACUGGGAGGAGAUGCUGCAUGCUGUACAUUAUAUACAUGAACAUGGAGUGAUCCACGCCGACCUGAAGCCCGCGAAUUUUCUGUUGGUGUGCGGGCGGUUAAAGUUGAUCGACUUUGGUAUAGCGUCCGCCAUCAGCAGCGACGCGACGAGCGUGGUCCGCGCGCAGGCGGCCGGCACGUACUCGUACAUCAGCCCUGAAGCGCUCAUGGGCGGCGCGGGCGGCUACGGGGGCAGCGACAAUAUUAAGAUCUCGUUCCGUUCAGACGUGUGGUCUCUGGGGUGUAUCUUAUACAGCAUGGUGUACGGCCGCACCCCGUUUGGUCACAUCCCCAACCUGGCCAAGCUGACCGCCAUCCUCGACCCCAACCAUCGCAUCGACUACCCGCCCGCAGAACAUCUGCCUCAGUCUUUGAUAUCUAGUCUGAAGUGGUGCCUGACGUACAACGCCCGCUCCCGUCCGUCCGUGCGCGAGCUGCUGUCCGUCCGUCACCUGCAGCCCCCUCGGGCUCCGCUGCCGGACUCGCUGCUCCAGCGACUGAGACAGCACGUGACGCCCGAGGAGUACGCCCUGCUGCAGCGGGCGCAGACAUAA